CCUUCCCUCCCCGUCCAGACUCCGCCCAUGCCCCGAACAAGCCUCCCUGCAGGGAGGGCCUCCACCCCCGCCCGGGGAGGGGGGGGCCAAGCUGGGGGCCCCAGUUCUCUCACUGGCGGCGCAGGCAGCAGCCCCUCUGCACGGGCGGUUCUGGGAGCUGCCCGCGGUCCCGGCGCCAGUGAGCGGCUCUGGGCUCGGAAGCCAGUCGGCAGGGGCGCGCCCGGGGAGGCGCAGACGAGACUCCCAGCGGGACCAUUGGCUGCUCCCGGAGCUUGUCCCGAGCCCGGCGAUGGCGCAGAGCCGGCUGCCGAGCCCUGCUCAGCAGAUGGAAACAGAUGAUAGAACAGCCUUGGUUCGCAAACCUAUAACUAAAGGAGGAAACAGUGAUCUCCCAUCAGCUGGUUUUAAUGUUAUCAACUCUAUCAUAGGAUCAGGAAUAAUAGGAUUGCCUUAUUCAAUGAAGCAAGCUGGUUUUCCUUUAGGAGUAUUGCUUUUAGUUGGUGUUGCUUUUAUCACAGAUUAUUCUAUUAUAUUACUGAUUAAAGGAGGAAACCUCUCUGGUACAAACACCUAUCAGGCAUUGGUCAAUAAAUCAUAUGGUUUUAUGGGAUACCUAAUUCUCUCAACACUACAGUUUUUAUACCCAUUUAUUGCCAUGAUUAGUUACAACAUAAUAACAGGAGACACUUUGACUAAAGUUUUUCAAACAAUUCCUGGAGUUGGCCUAGAUAAUUUACUUACUUACCGCCAAGUCAUCAUUCUGUGUACUACCAUCAUCUUUACCCUGCCUAUGUCUCUGUAUCGUGACAUAGCAAAACUGGCAAAGAUAUCUUUUAUUUCUCUCAUUUUAACAACUGUAAUUCUGGUCAUUGUGAUGAUAAGGACAGCUACCCUUGGCCCACUAGUACCCAAAACAGAGAAUGCUUGGGUGUUUGCAAAGUCUAAUGCAAUACAAGCCAUUGGGGUGAUGUCAUUUGCAUUCGUUUGCCAUCAUAACAGCUUUUUAAUCUAUGGCUCUUUGGAAGAACCCACAUUGAGUAACUGGUCUCGCAUCACUCAUGUGUCUGUCUCACUCGCUCUAUUUAUCAGUGUGGUGUUUGCUGCAUGUGGAUAUGUGACUUUUACUGGCUAUACAGAAGGAGAUAUAUUUGAAAACUAUUGCAGAGAUGAUAAUCUUGCUACAUUUGGAAGGUUUUGCUAUGGAAUCACUAUAAUCCUGACUUUCCCCAUUGAAUGUUUUGUGACUAGAGAAGUAAUUGCCAAUGUGUUUUUCAGUGGGACCCUUACUACCAUUCUCCAUGUUGCUGUGACAGUAAUUGUUGUUGUUGUAGCCACAAGCAUAUCUUUGGUGUAUGAUUGCCUUGGAAUAGUUUUAGAACUGAAUGGGAUUCUGAGUGCUACUCCACUUGUUUUUAUCAUCCCAACAGCAUGUUAUCUGAAGCUGUCUGAAGAGCGAUGGAACCAUUCAGAUAACCUCAUAUCCUACCUGAUCCUUAUUGUUGGUGUCAUAGUGAUGACAGCUGGAUUUAUUAUGACCAUCUUGCAUCCCCAAGAAUGCAGCCAUGGAAAAGAAAUGUUCUACUGCUUCCCUAAUAAUGCCUCUCUUUAUAACAAUACACUUCCACCUUUUUAGCCAAUUUGCCAACCCUAAACCUAAUGGUCCUGUCAGUCAGUAAACCCCUAAUUGAGACAAAGUUCUCUUAUGUGUUCAUACUAAGAAUCUUAAACGGUACAACUAUGUUCAUAUAUCUUGUUUUAUGCUAUUAUCCUUUUGUAGAUGAGAAUUAACCUUUGAUUUUUAAGAUUGUGAAGUGCUUUAAGGGGCAUUACAUCAAACCUGACUUCAGUAGAGCCCCACUAAUUUACAUGGAUAGCUUGAAACCCAAUUGCAAAGGAUGGAAUUUUGCAAAUUAACAAGUUAGUAAUCAAACACAAGCUUAGAUUAGGCAUGCCAAAAUGUACAUGCUCUAGUAAUUUAAUAAAAGGAGUUUUAGUUUUAAUUGCUUUUGAUAACACUUCACAGAAUUCAGGUUGAAUCUCUUUGGUCGGGCAACAUCUGUGGUCUGGCAUGAUUUUCAUUAUCCAGAUGUCCACUUGUUGUGGGUGUGACCAAGUUUUGUGCUGGCCUGUAAAGUUUAUUUACAAUUUCCAGUCCUGGAUCUCAGUGUUUUGUGUUGUUGUUUAGCUCUCAUUUACCCCCUAAAUGUCUUCUCAGAGCACAGCAAGUAUCGGUAAUGCUGCUAAGCGUAAGCAUGUUUUUUGUGCUUUAUCUACUUAAUUCUUUGUGGCAGUACGGAAAAUUUUUUUUAACACUAACACUUUGUUAUGAAGAGAGCUGAUAAGGUGUUGACUUAUACGGGGUGUAUCGGUACAGUUUUAUGUUAAGUAGAAUUACAGGCACUGUUCCAUUUAUUCAUCUAGCGAAAUUUAAAAAAAAAGAGACCCAUUUGCUACAAUAUUGACCUCCCAUGGUUUAGCAAAUUGUCUGGUUCGGCACCUUCAGUAUGAUUUCAUAUAUCCUGAAACUGUUAUUAAAAGACCUAACCAUACCACUCUGCUAUUAAGUCUUUGCUGAGAAGUGGAUCUAGCCCUAUGAGCCCUAUGUCUGUGAGUUGUAAUGUAUCUGGCUUACAGUAAACAUCACCUUGGUGCAGAAGACCAAUGCAAGACAUGUGCACCAGUAAAGUUCCAUUUAAAGUCAAAAUAGGGUUUCGGUGGUACUUCAGUUGUGCACAGAUUAUGUAUUAGUCCUCUGUAUGCGUGCAGUUUUAAAUUCUUCCGGUAGGGUCCUGAUCAUCCUCAAUUCCAGUUGAUUUCAGCAGUAAAUAUGAGGGUACGCAUGGCUGUGAAACAAGUACUUGGGUCCAAAUCCUUAAUGGUAUUUAGGCAUGUAACUCUCAUUUAUUUCAAUGGAAGUUAGGAACCUGUAACUGAGGUUCUGGGCUAUAGCCUCUUUCAGUAUUAGAUACUUUUUUUUAUUAAUGCUAGAUUAGUUUGUUCUGUCCAUAGGAAAUAGAUAAUGAAACUAAGUCAUUUUGGAAUUAACUGAGUACUAAAUUUACUGAGCCUAAUUGUAUCACUCUUUGAAUGGUUCAUAAAUGUUUCGUUUUAUUACCAAGAUGAGUCAGUCUAAGUGCAUAAUGCAUAUAUUUUUAAUUCAUACAGUACAUUAUAUUACAAUAAUUUUCAGUUGCCAUCUAGACAUAUAUGUAUGUUGGCACUACAGGCACUUUUACUGUAAUAUGCUGAUCCAUUAUUAAAUUCAACCAGAAUUCCUUUAAUGUAUCAACGUCGUGUAAUACUUGAAAAGAUUUUGUAUUGAUUUUACAAUUCUGGAAUUCAUCAUUUUAAUGUUUUUUCUGUAAAGAAUUGUGCAGUUACUGAAUAAUAUAUGGACAAUUUGACAUAGAAUGUAUUUCCUUAUGAAGAAUUUAUGAUCCUCUGAAAAGAGAUCAAAAUCAUAUUGCUUAUGAUACCAAUGACAUUUGCAGUCUCAUCCACUCUCUUUGAUUUCAGUACACAUAAAGGAUCUGAAUCAGAGGUGCAUAGAGAUCCCACUGAGCUGAUGAGGUUACUUUCAGGGGUACUUUACAGGAUGUGGCCCCAUUCAUUUAAACUGCACUGCUUCGUAUAAUGUGUUUUUGAUCCUGCACCAUUAAAAAUAAUAGGAAUUUUCUCUUGAUAUGAACUCUAUAACUUUACAUUACACAAUCAUUAGUUAGGUUAGAGGACUUUAUUUGUGAGGUGCAGGGAAUAAUAUUAAGUGCUUGCCUUUCAUCUAUCUUUCCUUAAAAUUUAAUCACAGUUUGUACCAUCAGUGAGAGAUGUCACUUCUAUCACCUGCUUAAGCUAAUUGUACUUAAAAGCUGGUUUCAGAAAGAUGAUUUGUCUUUUACUCCCUCUUGCCCAUGAGGUCUCUCUCCAAGGCUAUGAUACAUGUUCCCCCUUCUCUUUGACAUAAUCUUCAACUGGUAAUGGCAUGAACAACUAAAGGGAGCAUGGAGGAUUAAAAUAAAAACCCAUGAAGACCUACUAAACUGAUUAUAGGAAAUUAAGUUUUUAUACGAUGUGUAUUAUAUUCCUAGUCUAGCUAAU